AUGCUCGAUGAACAUUUUCCAAACUCUUUGAUUGCUCGGUAUUAUGGUGUUAAUGUUGUUCAUUCAAAUGGAGACAUUUGGAAACGACACAGGCAUAUAUGUAAUCCAGCAUUCAAAUCUUUGCCAAUGCACUUUAUUGUUGAUACCGGAACCAAGUUGAUGAAUAUUUUAGAAAAAAUAGACAAUAAGCCAAUUGAUGUUAGGGAUCUUAUGCACAGAUUCGCUUUGGAUGUUCUUGGCAAAGCCGCUUUUGAAAUUGAUUUUAACAAUCUUGGAGACCCGAGCAACAUUUAUGUAACAGCAUACAAUAAAGUUCAAGAAGACAUUAGAAAUCCAUAUUUUAUUUAUUUUCCGAUACUUAAUUAUAUUCCAUUCCUAAACAAGCAACGUUUUAAAAGAGUAGAAAAAUUGGAUAAUUUAUUUGAUAACAUUGUUGAAAAGAAACGCGAGGCCUUGGCUAAUGGAAAUACUGAAAAUAAUCGGGGGGAUCUUUUAGAUUUAAUGCUGAAAGCUUGUGAAGAUUCUGAGAAUCAGAGAUUAACAAAUAUUGAAUUAAGGCAUAAUUUGGGAGUUUUUAUGCUUGCGGGUCAUGACACAACUGCGAGUUCUUUAGCAACGGUUUUAUAUCUUUUAUCAGCUUAUAAAGAUGUUCAACGAAAAGCUCGAGAAGAGAUCUUAAGGGUACUUGGUGAUGAUUUAACACCGUCUACAGAUCAACACAAAUCGUUGAAAUAUUUGAACAUGAUUCUUUUCGAAAAUCUUAGAUUAUAUCCACCAAUUGCAAUCUUACCAGCACGUGUAACAACAAAAGAUAUAGAAUGCCGUGGCAAUGUAAUUCCCGCUGGCGAAUGUAUUCAAUUAUUUAUAUAUGGAAUCCAUCAUUCGUCAAAGAUUUGGAAAAAUCCGGAGGAGUUUAUACCUGAGAGAUUUAAAAAUGGACUGCAUGAAUAUGAAGAGCUUGGCUCCUGGUUCGGUUUUGGUGGUGGAUCCAGAAAGUGUUUGGGAUAUAACUUUUCCAUGAUUGAGCAAAGGAUUGUGCUAUGCUUAUUAUUACGUAAAUACGAAAUUUCAUUACCGCCAAACAGCAUACAUAAGGAUGGGUUAAAAAUUGACGUGGCAUAUUCUGGAACUAUGUCGCCACUUCCAGUUGAACUUAUAUUCAAAAGAAGAAGCGAAUAA